UGCAGCAUCCGCAUUUGCGAAAAAACAAAAUACCCAAGAGGAUAACAUGCAAAAACCAAAGCCUCGCAAGAACCGCUCCUUCUCCCUCCACUUCUCAUGGAGCUCGCCCUCCCUCCCUUCCCCUCUCUCCUCCCCAAAUCCCACCACCUCCAGCCCCAGCCGCCCUCCCGGCCCCGCCAUGGCCGCCUCCAAGAACCGGUCAUGGCGCUGGCCCAAGCUCCGCCGCCCUGGCUGGCGCUCUCGCUUGACGAGGCGAGAAGCGUCCACGUCCCUCACCACGCGCGGCCUGUCCAAGAGACAAGAGCUCGCCCGCCCACCUCCUUCGCGCGCGGGGAGCCCCGGUUCGUCUCGGAGACCAAGCUCAUCACGUUCCACUCCUCCGCGGGCCGCCUGGGCGCCGCCCGCGAGGUGUUCGACGGAAUGAGCCACAGGGACCUGCUCGCCUGGUCGGCCAUGAUCGGCGCGUACGCCACCAGGGGCAUCUUCCAUGAGGUGCUCGCGCUCGCGGUGAGCAUGAUGGGGGAAGGCGUGCUCCCUGACAGGUUCCUGAUCACUCGGAUUCUGCAGGCGUGCGCCUACGCUGAGGACCAGAGGCUUGGGAGUGUGCUGCACUCCAUGGCCAUCCGGAGAGGGUUUAUGGGCAGGGUGAAGGAUGUGCCUGUGGGGAACUCGGUGCUGGUGAUGUAUGUCAAAUGUGGAGAACUGGGGCGUGCGCGCGCGGUGUUUGACAAGAUGAGGCGCCGGGACCUGGGCACAUGGAACUCGAUGAUCUUUGGGUGCUGUCGGUCUUGCGAGUGGGAGGAAGCGCGGAGGCUUCUUGAUGAAAUGAGGCGGGAAGGGACAGAGCCAGGGGUUGUCACAUGGAACACACUGAUUUCGAGCUAUGCUAGGUCUGGGGAUCUUGAUGUGGCCGUGGACCUGCUGGGACAGAUGGAAGAGUGUGGAGUAGAGCCAGAUGUUGUCACGUGGACAAGCCUUGUGUCAGGUUUCGUUCAUAGCGAUAGAGGGGAUGAGGCACUUCAGUGUUUUAUCCGGAUGCGUGUGGCUGGAGUGGAACCAAAUGGCAUGACAAUUGCAUGUGCCAUCUCAGCUUGUGCGAGUUUGAAGUUAUUGAGACAGGGAAGCCAGCUCCAUUGCCAUGCGAUUAAGAUUGGGACUGUAAACAAUGUUUUGUCUGGGAACUCCUUGGUUGACAUGUAUGCUAAAUGUGGCGAAAUAGUCGCAGCAUAUAGAAUAUUUAAUGAGAUACCCGAGAAGGACAUCUUCUCCUGGAAUUCAAUGGUUGCAGGGUAUGCACAAGCGGGAUACUGUGGCAAGGCAUACGAACUCUUCUGCAAGAUGGAAAGUUAUGGUAUCCAGCGCAAUGUGAUAACCUGGAAUACAAUGAUAUCAGGGUACAUACGGAAUGGGGACGAUGAGAGAGCUUUUGAACUAUUCCAGACCAUGGAAAGUUAUGGAGUAAAAAAGGACACAGCUUCCUGGAACAUACUCAUUGCUGGUUCAGUGCAUAAUGGAUAUUUUGAUAGAGCCCUAAGAAUAUUUUGGCAGAUGCAAUCAGUUCUGAUAAAGCCCGACUACAUUACAAUCCUAAGUAUCAUCCCAGCAUUCGCAAAUCUGGUGGCAGCGUGGAAAGUAAGGGAGAUCCAUGCCUGUAUUUUUCACCACAACUUAGAAAUGGAUGGGAAAAUCGCAAAUGCGCUUAUUAAUGCAUAUUCAAAAUCUGGUGAUCUUGCUGGUGCUUGUGCUGUUUUUGAUAGGCACUCAUCAAGGAACACUAUUUCAUGGAAUUGCAUCAUUGUUGCACAUUUGCUGCAUGGGUCUCCAACUAAAGUAGUGGAUUACUUCUUUAAAAUGAAGCAACAAGGUGUACUGCCAGAUCAUACAACUUUGACAGCUGUUAUCAGGGCCUACGGUAUGGAGGGGAUGGUAUCUGAAGGGAGAGAAAUAUUUCUCAAUAUGGACAAAGACUAUAAUGUAACUCCAGAUUUAGAUCAUUAUGCAGCAAUGGUAGACCUUCUUGGACGGUCUGGGAGACUGCAAGAGGCAUAUGCAAUUAUUGAUGAAAUGCCACUCGCACCCAAUUUAACACUGUGGGAAUCAUUACUAACCUCAGCAAGAAUGCAUGGAAAUGUAAGGCUGGCACUACUGGCGGCUACAGAGAUGUCGAUGAUUGAACCCAAUGAUCCUAGAAUCCAAGUCGUGGUUUCUAGUCUGCAGGAUCUUGCUGGACAAUCUUUUGAUGUGCCAAAGGUGACAGUACACAGCAAGGAAAGAAUGUUGGGUGGGGUUGAGAGUUGUUCAACAGAAAUCAGAAAUAUGGUAUAUUUGUUCUCAACUGGUGAUAAGGUUGCCUCGGAGCAUGAAGCAGCUGAAUUAAAAGUGAUGAUGAUUGAGAUGGGACCCUCUAUGCUUAGCGCUGGUAAUGGAACUCUAGAAGUGGAAGAAGAGAAGGAAGAAGUUGCAGGAAUCCAUUGUGAGAAAUUAGCAAUUAUUGUUGGGAUUUCUAAUUCUCCUCACUUCAGAAGCAUACGGAUAAUCAAAACUGCAAGGAUGUGUAACCAUUGUCACACCUUCGCUAAGUUAGUUUCGAAGAAGUAUGGGCGUCAGAUACUGAUCAAGGAUCCGAAGUAUUUGCACAAGUUUGAGAAUGGUAAUUGCUCUUGUGAUGAUUAUUGGUGAACUCAACUGGUAUAAGUCAGCUGGGCAAAUGAGGCUGCCAGGUGGCUAGACUGAAAUGUUCCAGAUAUAUGAAUACAGCCAGCUAACUUUAUGAACAGUGUUGUUCAUCAUAUUUUUAGAUCACAUACCUCAGCAAGAGGUUGCAUUGUAUUUGAAUUUCAUUGACACUGAAUAUGGCCUCAACAUUAAUAUAAAGUUGACACUUGGCACUCUUGGGAGUUAGCCUUUCCAGGAAUUCUAUCUCCGGAUAAAACAUUAUUGCUCUGGUAUCAUUAAAACAAAGCCAUUCAGAUGAUACAUGCUCCCAGCAUUAGUGAAUUCAUUGUAAACGAAUUGGUAGAACAGAUCACUGCAAGUGGCACAACAUACAAGAUUAUGCUUAUAAUUCAACCACAUAUUGAAUGGCUGCAUGCCUCUAUGCAUAUGAUCAAUGGGAUUCAUCGAUGAUCUCCAACUCAGAAGCAAUACGACCUUGAAUGAUGAUUGGCCUCACUAGAGAAGCUUUCAUUAAGCACCAGGGCACUGCUGCUGCAAAUGGAAACAACCUACAAAGUUUUUUGCCAUACCAUAAACCUUACUGAUACUGAAUUAGUAAGGUACUGCAGCUAUUGGCUAUAUUUGUUGGUCUAUCAAAUAUAGAAUCUAUACUUGGUGCUUCCCCUCAUUUCCCCCUCUUUUGAUCACCCAAUUCAGCUGAAAUUAUUUAUGGGUGUAUCCUGCCAAACUGACCCAAUAUUCAAGAAUCUGUGUUCCAUUGAAUCAUCUCAGGUGCUUAUUCAUGUCGCUUUGUUUUCAAGCUAUGCUGUACAACCCUUUGUGUUGUAUUAAUGAUCAGAGAGCUAACUUGGUCUCAAGCUCAGAGCAAUGUCCUUGUUUAGAAGAAGUGAAUAUCACCAUCUCUUUCACAUGGCGCCUUCUUUUUUCCAUUUUGCUUUCUCAAUUGUCAAUUUAGUGAACCGAAGGGUAAGCAGGAGAAUUAUUCAAUUUGACUUUGCAUUCACCGAAGUGGUACUUUUGUGUGUGUGGUUGGGGGAGUCUGUCAGGAACCAUGUCUGAGUAUCAAUCACAAAUAAGACAAUUUUUCAGAUC